AUGGAACAAAAAUAGGAAUUUAGCUCCAUCCCUACUUAUUCUGUUUAAUAAUAAAAUAUUUAACUUUAAUUGGAGCCAUUAUAGGAGCAACAAGAUUAAUUUAUGGUAGAAAAAUUCAUGAAUAUGUGCGCGACUAUUAUCCAAAAGUUUUAUAGAGGACAUUUAAUGCGCAAAAAACAUUAUUACGUCGUUAAUUAGAUUCAAAAAUUCCACGAUGCUUUAUGGGCUGUAGUUUUAGGAUGGAGAGUAAGAAAAAUAAUUAAAUUGAAACGCAUGCAAGAUCUCAUUCAAGAGAUGAAAGCUUCAAUUUGGAAGAGAAGAGAAUUAAUUCUAAGCAUAAGAUAAAAUAUGCCUAAAAUACCUAAAGAUUAUGAUAGCUAAUUUAUGAGAAAAAAGGAGAAGGAAGCUUUAAAAGUAGCGAUGAUGACUAAUCAAUAGUAUAAGUUUAUGUCAAAUGAGCUAGAACCUUUAUAAAAAGAGUUUCUAACAACAAUUAACAGACUAAUGGUUACAGGUUUAUGGAUUUAUGAAGAUAAGCAUUAUAAAAAGAAUGUAUAAACAAUAGUCACAAGUUUUACAAUUAUAGAUUAAUCUAAGCACGUUAAUAAAGAAUCAUUGCAUCCUUCUACUUAGUUUAAUAGGAGUUAAUUUGUUACACCAACUUAGUCUUAGUAUUUGAGUCCACCUGGUAGCAAUAUCUAAUAGAAAAUGGUUUUUGCAACUCCAGUUUAAUAAUAAUAAUAACAACAUAGAGUAGCUUUUAAUCCUUAAUAAAGCUAAAUAGCAGCUCCAGCUAAUGUUCCAAGCUAGUUUAACUAUCCUGUUGAUGUUGGGAAUGUUUAAUCUAUUUACUAAGAAUAAUAUAGUUAGCAGUAAGAUAUUUCAAAAGAUGCAAGUACUGUAUAAUUUGGAAGUGCAAAACAAGUAUAAUUAGAAAGAAAGUUAAAUUAUAAUUAACAAAGUCAAGAAAAUAUUUUAUAAAGCAAGAAAUCUUUUGAGCAAGUAGAAUAAAGGCAAGCAGAACCAGAAUUAAAAAUACAAAAUUAGUAGAAUAAGUUACAGUAAGGUUAGAAUAAUGCUCAAAGUCAUGAUAAACCAAUAAAUAUGAAAGGCGCAUUCUAAAAAUAGCAAUGCAGAGAUAUGGAUCAAGAUUAAAAUGAAGCUAAAAAUGAGGAUAAUCCUUAAAAUUAAAAUAAUGAGUAGCCAUAAUAGCAAUAACAAUAACAGGAGAAGCCUUAAGGAUUCAGUUGGGAUGAUGUGCCUGUAGGUUAAGCAAGAAAAAAAUUUUAAUUUGAUGAGUAUCCUGAACAUGCUAUUACUACAGAUAUAAAGCCAACGAUACCAAAGAAGAAAAUGCAAAAACUCAAAGAGUAAAAUGAAUAGUCUGAAAAAGAUAAAGGCAAAGAUUCCUCAAGAAAAACUUCUGAAGAAAUAACAUAAUAAGAAGAAAAGAAAGAAGCAGUUAAAAAAUCAGCAAAAGGUAAAAUAUAAAAGAAGCAAUAAGAAGAACAAAAUGAGGAAUAAGUAAGUAACAAUAAAUCUAGAUAAAUGCCUAGAUCACAAACAGAAUUUCCUUUAGUUUACUAAGGCGAUCUAGAUACAGGCACCCACAAAAGCAAGAGCAAAAACAGUAAAGCACCACUAACCCAAGAAGAAAAAGAAGAAAAAGAGAGAUAAGAAAAGCUAGAAAAAAUGAAAAACCUUAAAAAGAGAAUGAAAUACGAUCCAAGAAAAGCGAUUUAAAAUGAAAAAAAUGGAGUAAAAGAUAAAAAAGAUGAUAAUGAUGAAAAUGAUGAAACAGAAGAAAAUAGAAUUAAUUCAGAAGAAAAUGACGAAGAUGACGAUUAAGUUAAUUCAAAAGAUCAAAUAAGUAACAAAAACAGAUCAAAAUCAACUCAUUUUCCUUCAAAAAAAGACAAAGAAAAUGAUAAAAAUAAUGAUAAAUAAGGAGACAAAGGAAAUUACUUAAAAAGACAAUCUAAAAAUAUGGCUUCUUAGAAAUUAAAUUGGAAAAAAACUGAGUCAAGAGUUGAUUGUUGGAGUUCAUGGAAUAAAAGAAGCAAGAACUAUAUCUAAAAUUCUUAGACCAAUUUCAUAAAUAACACUCCCACAAAAAGAAAAAUCACUCUCUCUUCUCAUAAUUAGCAGUCAGCAAGAAGCAACAGCAAUAACGAGUUCUCAUUCGCUUAGAAUAAGCUCCAUUCUGUUAGUGAAGCUUAACAGUUUUAACAAAAAGUGAGAAAUAAAUUCGGAUUAAAUGGAUAAUCUAAUACCAAUUUAGCCUCAGAAAAAAAUAUUUUAAGUCCCCAACAAUCUAUGACAAUGAUAAAGCAAAGCAAUUGGCUACAUUCAACCAUUGAUCCAAAUUAAAAAGAUUUAAUGUCUGGCAAAGAAUCUGGACCUGCUAUGGCUUCAUUCAUGAAGCUACCAAAUUUAGAUUUCAAUAGCUUAUAAAAUAUUUCCACAGGAGAUCUUUUGAAGUUGAGAGAAGCUUUAAUCCCAAUAAUUCAAACCAAUUUAAUUUUCAUAGAAUAAAACGAUCCAAAGAUAUUUACAAAAAUAGCUAAAGAAAUACUUAAAUCCUCUAAUACCAGUUGA